UCAGUCGCUUCUUUCCAUCACGGUGUGAACGACUACAGCUUCACCCUCCGUAAAUCACCACCCUCUACUCCUCCUCUUCCUCUCUACGUGUGAGUGUGUGAGAGAGUGAGUGUGUGUGUGUGUGUGUGUGUGUGUGUGCAGGAAGACGUAGCACCAGCACCAACACCACCAAGGACGUCCCCUCUUCUUUUUUUUCCAGCCCCGGGAGCCGGAGAUGCAAGGGACGAGUAGUUAGAUUAGCUCUUGCUGCUGUUGCUGUUGCAGGAUAACUUGGUUGUGGAGGUUGUGCUGCAGCUGAAGAAGCUCUGCUUUUUUUGAUUCCUGUCAGGUGUCUGAAGUGUGUGACAAGGAUUUCAGCCAGUCGCCGGACGGAGAUCUGGCAACAAAGGACUUCAACUUUUCCGUUUCAAUUGAAUGUAACAUCGCUCAGACAAAGAAGGCAGGGAAUUAAAAGCCAUCACCAUGAAUUUCGUUAUGAAACAAGCGUUGGGAGGUGCCACCAAAGACAUGGGCAAGAUGCUCGGUGGGGAGGAGGAGAAGGAUCCCGACGCGCAGAAAAAGGAAGAAGAAAGGCAAGAGGCCCUGAGGCAACAGGAGGAGGAGAGGAAGGCCAAAUAUGCAAAAAUGGAGGCAGAGAGAGAAAACAUCCGACAGGGAAUCAGAGAUAAGUACGGCAUCAAGAAGAAGGAGGAGAAGGAAGCCGAGGCAGCGGCUGCGAUGGAGCAGGCCUCCGAGGGCAGCCUCACCCGUCCGAAGAAGGCCGUUCCCACCGGCUGCGGGGACGAGGAGGAAGAGGAGAGCAUCGUGGACACGGUCAUGAAGUUCAUACCAACCCCACUCAUGGAUAUGUUCAAUAAAAAGUAACAGUGCUUUGGGUGUUAUGUGAUAAAACUUCUUACAACGUUCAUCUAACUAAGACUAAUGCUGUACGACCCCACCCCCACCCAAACCUACAGUCACACUUUUCUUCACCCCCAACCCUCACCUUCAAACCCUUCGACCCAACUUCUAAUCGUCCUGGAAUUAAGCAAUGUGCAAUGAUUUUGCCCUUGAUUUGAAAGACCUGAUCCCUUAUGGUGAUAUGUACUUUUAAAUAACCUGUGAUUAAAACUGCAUUUUAAAAGUAUGUAACACCUGCACAGAUCUUUACCUCGGGGCAAAUCAUAUGCCAUGCUUUCCAGGACAGAAAUCACCCAUCAUCCACCCUUUUUGUUUGUAAAUAAGCCUCGGGUUAUAAAAAGAGAAAAUAUAUAAAAGUGAAAUGUGACAUAUAACAAGAUGAAUAAGAGUAUAAGCCAUAUUUUUGACUUUUCAGAAAUUAUCCAAAUCAUAUCAAAAUUUGAUUGAAUUUUCCUGUUAUGUUCUUGCUAAUAUUUGAUACAUACAGUGUAUAUAAAUACUUAUUACAUUUUUAUUAGUUCUCCGUUGUGAGGAUUCACCCCAUUAAUUGUCCCUUAUGUUAUGGGUUUAUUGUGAUUGUGUAAUAUGAGCGCUGGUGGAGUCAAAACAUAAUCUGUAAACCAGAAAGUGAAGGAGUUCAUUAGAAAUUAUGCUUUUAUUAUUUUUAUUUUCCUGUUUUAAGCAUGCAGUAAAGUUUUGUGAAGUGAAUUACAAAAAAUGGAAACCAUUUCCUUUGUUACGAUGACACAAAAUACAUUGAUAUUUGAGGCAAUAACUGGUUUUCCAUUUUUAUUCCAUCAACAUCUCGUCCAUUAUGUACAGUAGGUGUCUGAAAUGUUCUUCCAUUGGGGAAACUAUAAAUGUUCUCCAUAAUGAAGUUUGUCUCCAAGAAGUUAGAUGGAAUUCGUACGAUAAAUUAACUCGCUUCACAUGUUUGUUGUUUGAAUAUUCAGUUUUGUAUGUCCUCUGGCAGAUGGCACUCGCUCUGUUUCUGCUGUAGGACUUCCAAAUCUUUAGUCCAGGCUUGUAUAAUUUGAUUUCUUUUUACAUUUCCAUCACUUUUUUGUAAGUAAAAGAAGCUUCACAAACACAACUAUGUUGUGAACACAAUAUAUGUGAACAGACAGUGACAAUAGUGCAAUAUAGUGUUGGAAAAUGAAGUUGUCCUGUGUCCGUUGGUUUAACUGAUGGGAGUGAAAUCCCAAAUCAGCAAUAACAGACAAUCUUCAUUGUUAUGUGUUUAAAGUUGCUCCUUAAUGUGUUAGUUAAUGUAAAAGGCAGAGGUGUGUCUGCAUAGUGACAGUGAUGCCUUCGUAAAGGUCAGACAUAUUUGAUUAAAAAAGAGAAAAGGGGAAAGGUGGAACGUUUUGUUUGUCUCUUAAAAAAGUUCAGUCACAGUUUAUGGAACGAUUAGCACAACCAGGAUUUGUGUUUGAAAUAACAAAACUAAAAGGUUUCCUAAAGGUAGGCAGUUACAAUACAUGCAGAGACAUGAGAUUAAAUAAUGAGGGUCUUUUUAAAAAGCAUGAAAGCUCCAUGAUCGACCAACAGAUAAUGUUUACCUGCUCUCUGUAGAGUUCAGUCUGUCCUGCUGAAAUACACAGACGCACAAUUAAAAAAAAAAAAGAAUCAUAAGAGGAUGAAAUCUAAUGUUUCUCCAUAUGCCUUGUUUUUUAAUUUCUUCGUCAUUCCUCUGUGUCUUGUUCAAACAUUCCAGAUAUUUCCAACAUUCCAACAGACUCGUGCUGGUAACACACAAAAUGACAGUGGGCCUCAGCCGAUGCCUUCGUUAGCCUAUGAGGUCAUCACAACAAAGAAGACAAAUCCGACACUAUGAAAGCUAGGGAAAAAUAAUGUAAUGUUAAGAUUCCUGUCUUGACCAAGUAAAUGCAAAGUAAUUUUAGCUACCUUGUAUUGAAGAAAAUCCCACAUUAAGUUUGAGCACAUCGUCAGUGUUACUAUUCAGCUAGCUAAACACUGAUAUUAGCCUACUCUAACUCAAAACAUGUGCAUUCCUGUGGCAUAGACGAGGGAAAUGUAGCUUUUAUAAACGCUUUGUGAGCUCUGUAAUCAUGUUGAAUAUAUGAAAAGAACAUCUAAGCCACCUAUAGAGCACAUUUAUUGAACUCCCAGUGUUGUUAUUGUACUCUGUAAACUGCCUUUGCCAGCCUCUGUGUUAGCAGAUAGUCAGCAAACCGAUAGUUGUUUACAUGCAUCAAAAACACUCAAACCCAUUUUCAGAGCAGUUUUCCAAUCAAACCAAAGAAUAGUGCAGGUAGUAGUAGACUUAGACAAGAUUUUCCAUGUUGUUUAUUUACUGCAUAUCUGGUUUAUUUUUAAAUUCUCAGGUAUUCUAGCUCUUAGUUUUAACAGAACCGUAUCUAGCCUUCUCUUAGCAUAAUUAGCCUUCUCUGCAAACAAUUAAAUUAAAACUCUUUUUUCCAGGGGCCGAGCAAGCCUACACAAUUCUUUCUUUUUGAAUCACAUAUUUCUUGUUUGGCCCAAGAAUAUUCCAGAAGCUAGAAUAACUGCCCACGUUGAUCCAUAUUUAACACUUUACUAGCAAACUCGCAGACCUUCAGGCUACCAGUUACCCUUUGUAAACUGGUUGGCCCUGAAACCAGAUCACCCUUUACAUCUCGUCCAUCAACGCCAUCAUAAAUCCAUUUACCAUCAUAUUGUAAAAUGCAAAUUGAUUGCGCUCUAAAUGGCUUAUAGACCACUGCCCAAACAAACUGCCCAAGUCAUGCGUAAUCAAUAUUUAGCAGUCCAGUAGACUCCAGUUCGGUCUGAAGUCGCUCAUUUGUGCCGCUCAUACAGCCAUUAGUAUGAUUAAGAAACUGCCUGAAAAAUAUGCCAUUAAAAAUAAUCCUUUGAUGUGACUUGAAUGUAACUGUCUGAUGUAUCGCUCUCGUUGCAUCUGUCUUACUCUGUUUUGUACUUGUUGAGAAGAUGCUUACUCCUGUGCGGUAUUUAGUUUCUUUAUUGUCUGUAGCCAGUCCUGUUUCUGUCCGCUGGUGGUUUGUAUUUUUAAGAAGAAAAAAAAAAGAAUGAUCAUUUAGUGAAUUCUUUUUGUACUGCAGAAAUAUUCUCACCCUUCUCCCUCCUUCUCUCUAUCUCCCCGUUUGUUGACAAAAUGUAUGCAUGCUUAUGGUGUGCGAUGUAGGCAAGGUUGUUGAUAAAUCGUUAUGUGUCUUCUGUGUGUUCCGAAGCUCCACCUGUUAGCCUCACUGCAUGCCAUUUUAGACAGAUGUUUCAGUCUGUAACCUUCCUUCAAAAAUGGAAUCACCGCACACUCUGAGAAUAAAGUGAUUUCAUAUAA